CCUCUGCAGAAGGAAAACAAGCUGCUUCGGGUUUUGACUGACUGUGAGAGAAAAUAAUUGUACUGAGCUCAAGUUGAAACGUACUGACUGCGAGAGAAAAUAGUUGUACCGAGUUCAAGUUGAAACGAGCUACGAAUAAAAAUCAUAAGUCGGCAGUGGUGAUACAGGACAGCUGUUUGAAGUGAGGUGAUUGGGAGCAUGAACGCACCAGAACGCGCUUCGUCCUUUUUGUUGGACGAAGAUAGUGGUGAACGCAAGAUCGUCUACACCACUGACACAAAAGUGACAAACGCCGGUACCUUCCGACUCAAUAAAGAAGAUCACACAGUUCUGAACUUAUUGCGAAUGCAGCUUCUUCGCGAUCCUGGUGUUCGCUUUGCUGGUUACAUCCACCCCCAUCCGCUUAUAAAUUAUAUGGAGCUAAAAGUCCAAACAAACAGCAGCCAUACUUCUCCAACUGAAGUUUUAUCAAAUGCAAUUGAAGACUUGGGAAGCGAGACAGACCAUCUGCUGAAAGAAGUACAGAAUGCGAUGGAGAAUUGGAGAAAGGAAAACCAGGACGUGCUAGGAAACUAGGUCUAUAGCGCAACUCGGUUGUUGUUCCGAUAAAUAGUACACUUUAGCAAAUUGUACAAUGCAUCAACCUUCAUAGUGCGUGAAGGAUGAAUACCCCACUCAUGAAAAGACGACUUGAAGAAGCCCGGUAAGAUACAUCGUGCAGAGGAGCAACAGAAUCGUUUGUAAUCCUUUACAUGUUUACCAGGUCCAAAGUACAACGUCUUUGCAAGCACUGGCCAGCUGUAUAUUAGCUGGAUUGGAGGCGAUUGCUCCAAUCGGUCCAACAUGACCAUCCAAUCGUUUAACCAUCAUUCCUGUUUUAAGGUUGUAGCAAUAUAUUGUCCCGUCGUCGUGGCCUUCUAUCAAAGCCGCGUCGUCCCCCGAAAAGCAGGAGACCGCCGGUUCAAGAGACUUAC